UGUUCACACUUCUGCUCCCCUCUCUCCAGCUUCUUCUUCUGAGACACUUCUCCAAAGCCAGGCCACAGUUAGCACCCUCCCUGCCCAGGCUGCACCUCUGAUCCCAAGACUUCUGCUUCACAGCUGGGCCUGUUUCUGGAGAUUUCACCUUCCUUCAUUCUUUUUCAAGUUUCCAUCUAUCUGAAGAAAUAACUCGGUCUGAACCCGUCCUAAGUAUGGAACUGCAGAAGCUAUCCAACGGUAGCCACCACCAUGACGUUACUGUGCCUGUGGACGGAGGCAUCGCACCAGAGGAAGAAAACUUCCUGCCACACAAGAGUGAUGGAUCGAAGAGACCUCAGUUCACAGACUUUGAAGGUAAAACCUCCUUUGGGAUGUCCGUCUUCAACCUGAGCAACGCCAUCAUGGGGAGCGGCAUCCUGGGUCUGGCUUAUGCCAUGUCAAACACCGGCAUCGUGCUUUUCCUAUUCCUUUUUUUCUGCAUUGCGUGUCUGUCCUGUUACUCCAUCCAUCUGCUGCUGCGCAGUGCUGGGGUUGUGGGUAUUCGUGCCUACGAGCAGCUGGGCCUGAGAGCGUUUGGUCACACAGGGAAGAUUCUGGCAGCUGUUGUCAUUACGUUACAUAACAUCGGAGCCAUGUCCAGCUACCUGUUCAUAGUGAAGUCUGAGUUACCACUGGUCAUCCAAGCCUUCCUGGGUCAGACAACCAGCUCUGAUGACUGGUUCUUCAAUGGGAACUACCUCAUCGUGGUCGUCACGAUCUGCAUCAUCCUCCCUCUGGCCCUGAUGAAGCACCUGGGGUAUCUUGGUUACACCAGCGGCUUCUCUCUCUCCUGCAUGGUCUUCUUCCUCUCUGCGGUCAUCUACAAGAGAUUCAACAUUGCCUGCCCUCUGCAAGCGUUUGGCAACUACUCUGUGAACACAGUCGACCCAGAGGACACGUGCACCACCAAAUUCUUCACCAUCAACCUAGAGACGGCGUAUGCCAUCCCCAUCGUGGCAUUUGCUUUUGUGUGUCACCCUGAAGUGCUUCCUAUCUACACUGAACUCAGCAAUCCAACCAAGAGAAGAAUGCAGAACAUUGGCAACGUGUCCAUCCUGGGGAUGUUCAUCAUGUACUUCCUCACGGCCAUAUUUGGCUAUUUGACCUUCUACGGGAACACUGAAGCAGAGCUCCUCCACACCUACAGCAAGGUGGACCCCCUGGACAUUCUGAUCCUGUGUGUCCGGCUGGCCGUCCUGAUGGCUGUCACUCUGACCGUACCUGUGGUCUUGUUUCCUAUCCGCCGUGCCAUCCUGCAGCUGCUGUUUCCAGGGAAGCCUUUCCACUGGCUCCGUCACAUCGCCAUCGCCAUAACUCUGUUGUGUGUUGUCAACCUGCUGGUCAUCCUCGUUCCCAACAUUCGAGACAUCUUUGGCAUUACAGGGGCAACCACUGCUCCCAGUCUGAUCUUCAUCCUUCCCGGACUAUUCUAUAUCCGCAUCAUCCCCACUGACCAGGAGCCCAUGACCUCCAGACCAAAGAUCCAGGCUGCGUGUUUCACAGCACUGGGUUUCAUGUUCAUGACCAUAAGUCUGACAUUCAUCGGACUUGACUGGACGAGUGGAGAAAACCGAAAUCUCGGCGGCCAUUAACAUGCACUCCCCCCUUCCAAGCCCUACAGCAACAGCAGCCCACUGCUGCACCCCUCCUCCAGCCCCCUGCAUAGGAAGCAAGAUUCAACCUACUGCUGGAAGGCUCUGGGCUUUGGUGGGACUGUUUUCAUUAAUCAUGCAGACGGACAGUCUGUUCCUCCAUUGUCGAGUGGUGUCAGUUUGUACCGUCACCCACCCAGGAUCCAUCACUGGUGGUGUUCCUCUGCUCUACUUGAAGAGCUGACGAACAUGUCGACCAUGGAAGCCCCUCAAACACUACAAGCUGUUUGUCUUAUCAGAAGCUAAAUGUGGUGUAGCAUAAGUGCAAUGUUCAAACCAAAACAUGUUUAAUUAUCAGCAAAGUCUGAUGGAGAAAAUGUCUUUGGUGGUGCUUUUAGAAAUGCCAUUCAUAAAUAGAUCCCAUAAUAGUGUUUGACACUAGAGUCAGAGAGCCAUUAGGGAGUUAACCAAGCAGGUAAUUCACCUAAUUUGAUGAAUUGUGUUCUUUAACUAUACAAAGCAGUGUUUGGCAAACUGGAAAAAAAAUCUUCCAUCAGCCAAAGUUUGAUACUAAUUUUAUACAACUGUGAACCAGUUAAUUUGGUGCAAAUCAUUUGUGAAUUUAUUCUCAACCACGUGUACUAUUUAAUAAAAAUUCA